UGAAACGUGCGAUCAACACUCUCUGUUAACAUGGCUGAAAACAAAGAUAUGCGUGAGCGCGAGAAAAUCGCGAGAGAAAUUGAAAAAACGAGCGAAUCGAUUCGAAAGAAACAUCGUGCUCUAAAAACCGGCAGGAUCGAAGAGGAUAUCGUGACUAAGAGACACUUUGAACCGUUGAUCGAACCGCUGCAAAAGAUUAUUGACAAUUCCGGCGUACGCGCGAUAAAAGAGGAGCCGAUCGGUAACGUUUCGUUCACCCGUAAACGUGAGAAGGAAGAGGGGGAAGAAUAUGCCAGUAAGAAAAAACGGUCGAACGUCUCGUUCGAUAUCUCUGCAACACCGCAAAAAUCUAAUCAUUUACAAAUUUCAAACGACGUACCAAUGAUAACCUCUACACCGCGUCCUACAACCGUACAACCGAUAGAAUCGCUUGAGAAUGUUUUCGAAACGACGGAUGACUCGCUUGCGACGAUUGUUCGAAAUCAAUUACAGACGUCGCAAGGACGAAAAGCAUUGCAAGCUCAAUUUGGUCCGCUGAGUCAAAAAUAUGUCGUGACUGUCCUGAGCGGUAACCGAGAGAGCGAUGUAGACAUAGACAAUAUAUACGGUGUUCGUCUCGAGAAUAAUGGAAUGAUGCUCGGUAAUAAACAUUUCGAUGUGGACAACGAGGAUAAUAUAAUUAUCGACAAUGUACGUUACGCUGGUACACCUGGUCUUUACGAAUUGAUCUUCAAGAAAAUCCCCGCCGAUGACAUCUACACAGAUGAUGAUUUACAAAAGUACAAAAGCAUAUUGUUUGCUACAAACGUGCAUAGACGCAAUUACACCAAGGACAGUCAAUUACGAAGCAACAGAGGAUACAAGUACAAACACCUGAUCGCACCGUUAAUGUCGAUCGAACCUACGCCGAAAACGAAGAAAUCUGGAAAGGGAUUACCUCACGCUAUGACGUUAAAUGAUAACGCGAUCGAUUACGUGCACUGGGACAAUCCCAAUGAACUGGUAGAUCGUCUGCGUUGAUACCACUGUUU